CCUGAGGAAUGCAUGGAGGCUAUCCCGACGUUGAUGUUUGCGGCUGCAAGAUUUGCGGAUUUGCCAGAAUUGCGCGAGUUAAGAAGUAUAUUUUAUGAGAGAUAUGAGAAUCAUCUUGAGCCUUAUGUCAACCAAGAGUUUGUCAAGAACUUGAAGGCACACAUACCUACUAAGGAAAUAAGGCUUCAAAUGAUGUAAGAGAUUGCAAUGGAAUAUGGUAUUGAGUGGGAUUCCAAGGUUUUUGAACAAAAAUUAUGCAAACCACCUCCAUUUGUACAGGAUUUUUCUCAAUAUGGAAAUGGAAGAAACAAUGAAUCUGAUAAAACCCACAAUCAAACUUCUUCAAAAACAAAAAUUCAACAAACAGAAAAGGAAAAAACUGAAGUUGCAAUGGGCCAGACCCUUACAAAUGGCCCACCCUAUAAUUCACGGGCUGAAACCGAAGAAAACGAAGAAAAGCCCAUUGGAAAUGGCCUGCCCUACAAAUCAAGGGCUGAAAUCGAAGCCGAAAAGGAACGAAAACACGAUCAUGGCCGUUUAUCCCCGUACUGGUCAAGCAACACUAGUACUUGCAGUGAGUCUACAACUAGUCCAGAUGAUAGUGCCUCUGAAGAUACACCUGAAGAAACAAAGUUUUAUGUAUUCGGGUCAACCCGAAAGUCAACCAUAUCAGAUACUAGUGAUGAUGGUUUUCAAAGUGAUAUACCCGAAGGACGAAAGUUAAACGGGUUAAGGUCAAUGGGUCCUCCUUACACCAAACCGAAUAUAAGCAAAAAGACGGAUAACCAUAAAAGCGAAGAAGAAACCGAAAAGAUUAGUAAACCGGUACCAAGAUCCGUGAGGGUUCGCAGACCGUUAAAGCCCGUAUCGGGUUCUAUUCGUGCGAACAAUGAUGUUUCAAACGAUGAACGUCAUGAUCUCGAUAAUGGUUAUAGAGAUGAACAAGAAAAGAAAGCGGAUAAGCUUUCGUCACCCUGCAGGAAAGCGUCACAGUUACCUACUACAACACGAACCGGUUCACUUCCGUCUGAACCGGUGGCUGCAGGGUUGGCGGUGGAUGAACGAAAAGGGCUUGCGAGAGCGGUUACUUAUCAGCCGGAGUCGGGCUUGGGUCCACGAGGUCAUGUGCAUCCUAAACUUCCUGAUUACGAUGAAUUUGUAGCGCGAUUGGCGGCUUUGAGAGCAAGUUCCUAGUGUUGUAUUUCAUUUAGGCUUGCAUUUUUUUGUAUAUUGCUAGAGUUAUUAUUUAUUUAUUUAUUUAUUUUCUUUAAUCA